UGCCGCGCCGGCCCCGUCCGCUCGCGAGAACUGCACUGGGGGAAUCCCUCGCUCGUCGCGGGCUUUCUCACAAGAGCGCCCCCCGCUGCGCUGACCAGGGCGGGUUUGGCCGUCGAAUUCGGGCCCGGCGCCGGAGCCUUCAGCCAUGGCCCGUAGAGGAUUCUCCGCCACCGAGAUGCACCAGAUCCCAGAUUCUGAUUCAGAUGUGGAGCCACCGCUAAGCCAGGAGAAAUUUCUUGAGCUUUGGAAAAUGAUACAGGACGGAACUGGUGACAGUUUGGAUGUGGACCUGCAUCAGAAUUUCGGUUCGAGCCCCCUGCCCCCUGAGCGGGAAGGGAGCAGCCAGAGGGUAGAGGCAAACAGAGAGGGUUUCGAGGUGGUUCUAGACACUUCUUCUAUCCCUUCCACCACCGACUACGCCGGCGAGCACGAUUUCCAGCUGGAAUUCCAGAAGUCGAGCACUGCCAAAUCCGUCACCUGCACCUAUUCACCGGUGCUCAACAAGAUGUUUUGCCAGUUGGGAAAGACCUGCCUGGUCCGCCUCAAGGUGUCCAGCUCCACCCCGCUGCCUCCCGGCACCCUGAUCCGCACCAUGGCCGUCUACAAGAAGCCCGAGCAUCUUUCCGAAGUGGUGAAGCGUUGCCCGCACCAUGAGCGCACCAGUGAGGACAAGAACACCGCUCAGCACCUGAUCCUCGUGGAAGGAAACCCGCAGGCCUGCUAUUGUUUGGACCCCAACACCCAGCGCCACAGCGUCGUCAUCCCCUACGAGAUCCCCCAGGUGGGGACGGACUACACCCCGGUCCUGUACAACUUCAUGUGCAACAGUUCCUGCAUGGGGGGCAUGAACAGGCGCCCCAUCUUGGCCAUCAUCACCCUGGAGACUCCCCAAGGAAUGCUUUUGGGACGCCGCUGCUUCGAAGUCCGGGUUUGCACCUGCCCUGGACGGGACCGCAGGUCAGGAGAGGAGAGCUCCUCGAAAGCGGCAAGCGCUGGCCGAAAAUCCAAACGGGCUCUUCUGCCAGACAGCAGUUCUGAGCCCUCCAAGAAACGUGUUGCAGGAACUUCCAAGGACAAUGAGAUUUACACUCUCCAGAUCCGUGGGCGUGAGCGCUACCUCAAGCUGAAGGAGAUCAACGACGCCUUUGAGUUCCAAGACUCGAAACUCCAAGAGGAGUCCAGGAGCCGAUGCAAGCCGGCCAAAGGGCUCCUGAAGGCUCGGAAGCAGGAGAAAGUGCCCUCUCCGUCCCAUGGGAAGAAGCUAAUGGUGAAGGACGAGUCGCAGGAUUCCGACUAGUCCCUCCGUCUCUCCCCCACCCUGUGGCUGACUUUGAGCCUUUUCCUUCUCCCUCCCCACCCCUCCUCUGACUCGUCUUUCUAGAAGAAGAUUAGAAAACAAUGUGCAAAAGGAGGCAUCUCUCUCUUGGCCCAAAGGAAGAGGGAAAGGAGGGUGGGCUCUUGAGGCCCGUCUCCAGCUGACGCUGCUGCCCCUGUGACUGAGCAGGGAUAACUCUCUUGCCCCUCCCCUCCUGGUCAGUGGAAACAUCCUUGUUUGCAUGAGAGGGGGCUCCUUUCCCCUCAGUCCAGAGGUUCCCAACCUUGGGUCCCCAGAUGUUGGACUACGGCUCCCAGCAUCCCUUUGGCCAUUGUGGCUGUGAAUGAUGGGAGUUGUAGUUAUAACGUUAGGAUAUUUAUACUCCGCCCCUCCAGGACACUGCUGCUCAAGGCAGCUGGCAACAUCAAUGAAAUGCAUGCAGUGUAAAAUGAGACAUUAAUAAAGAUUUUUUUUUUAAAGACCUGACUAAAACCACAUUUAAAAUUACAAAUUUUAAAAGUUUCAAAUUAGAAGUUAUUAAUAGCCUUGCUUAGAUUGUGAGCUGCAGUCAAGGCCUGUGUCCAAAAAGAAGGAAGAUCUUUCUCCUGAGGAAGCUGUGCUGUGACCCCCCAAGGAAUUACGUAAGUGAUGCCCCCUUGCACAAACAGCUGCCGGUUUGCAAACUUUAACAGGUCUUCUACCUGGCAGGUGAGGCAUCAUUUCACUGAGCACUGGAAACCUUUUAGGCACUAGAAACAUUUUGAUCCUCAGCUAUCCUGAAUUCUGCAUGAAAUGCCAAACGCUGUGCUUUCUGGAUGUCCUUCCUGCGAUUCCCCAGGGGUUUGAGCCACAUUCCAGCAUCUGGGAACCCUUGUUCUAAAGCAAGGGUAGAAAACCUUGACUCUCCUGCUGUUGAACUACAACUCCCAUCGUCCCCAGUCAUAAUAAAUAGUGGCUGGGAAUGAUGGGAUUUGUAGUUCAACAAUGCUGGAGUACCACAGGUUGGGAACCCCUGUUCUAAAGUAUCGCCAGAGGAUAUAGGGUGGAAACAGCCACCUCGAUCCCAGACGGCCUUAGACUGGGGGUUUUCUGGAGACGGGUGUGUGUGUGUGUGGCGGUAGGGGUUACCUAUAUAUUUGGAGGAGAGCAUCCAAGGCUGGUUCCUAGGGCAGACCCUCUCCCUCACUGUACACCUUGCCCCCCAAGUAAGAAUGUUUAUAUAUAUAUAUAUUUAUUUUUUAUAUAUGGUUAGGUUUGCAUACUGCCUUCCAUUAAAAUAAUCUCAAGGCAGUUUACGAUGCAUUUAAAAACAUCACAGAACUAUUAAGCAGUUGAAACAAUACAAAUAUUAAAUUGGAAUGUAAAAAAACCCAAACCUAAUUAAAAGUUUAAAAACGACACACAAUAAAACCAUGGUGCAUGGCACAGAAUGCGCACAGAUUCCUCACCUCCCCGGCCUUGUGGCAUGUGAAAGUCUCUCUGUUUGCUUUACCAGCCUCCUCUCUUGGUACACCCUCUGCUAUCAUUUGGGAAUUGUUGUAUCUUAAAAGGUUUUUUAUAUGCUUGUUUUUCUUAUGUUUGCCGAUCUUUUGUAGUCAGGAUACAGAAUAAAUUGUUUCCUAAUA